GGGGGUAGGUCGUUCGUCUUACCGCCGUCAUGCUCCGCUCGAUCCUCGUGCUCUCCGCUUGCGCCUCCGCGGCAGCCUUUGCUCCUUCAGCUUCUCCUUCCCUCUCCCUCCGCUCCUCCCCUGCUGUUCAGCGUGGACCUGCUCGCCAUGGGUUGGCCACCGUCUCCAUGCAGGCCAAGGGCAACCCCAUGGCUGGAGCCGUUGAGAAGUUCGCUUCCGAGAACCCCGAGCUCGCAUCCCGCGGCCUCGGCGUCACCACCAACGCUGAGCGAUGGAACGGACGCCAUGCCAUGUUCGGCAUCUUCUUCAUGGUCCUGAGCUCCUACCUCCACGGCCGUGGCCUCAUCCCCGAUGGCGACAAGAUCCUCGACGUCAGCCAGUGGGGACCCCUCGUCAACGGAGGCUUCAACGCCCCCAUCACCAACGAGCGCGCCAUCAUCCUCGUCGCUCACGUCCACGUCCUCUUCGUCUCCAUCUUGGCCGCUUUCGCUCCCUUCGGCUUCCAGGACACCCUCGUCAAGGACCAGGGAUACAAGCCCGAGGCCCCUGCCGGUCUCAUCCCCCCCUUCAAGACUGGUCUCACUGCCGAGGCUGAGCUGAUCAAUGGCCGUCUUGCCAUGCUCGGCGUCAUCUCCAUCACCACCGCUGCUCUCUUCACUGGCACCUCUGUUACCGAUGUCAUCAACCUUGGCCUCGGAAAGAUUCUUUACUAAAUGUUCAUCAUAGCCAAUGAAUAAUACGUAGACUGCAUGUCGUCUUGAGUGCUCUUCCCUCAUUUACAUAUUUACAAGACUCU